AUGUUGCGAAACGACGAUAUUAUUGAAGAUUUUGUGCCAACAGAACAGUUCUCAAUGCACUCAAUGGUCGACAAUAAUCACCAAAACAGUUAUCAUAUGAACGAUGAGGACAGUCGUCAUGUAAUGAAUAGUCGUACCAAUACAUUGACACAUCGUUACAAUGAAUUUGUUAAUAAUUGCCAAACUGUUGACAAUAAUAGUGAACAACUAAAUUUUGAACAGUUUGUCAAUAAUACCGGUGUCGGUGAUGCGAUACCAGUUGUUUAUCAUCAACAGUCACUACUGGUUCAUGAAAUAGGUUUUAAAGGCUGGAGAAAACAAUGUUUAUAUUUUUUCAUUAUAUUAGUUACGGUAGCCGUUGUCAUCAAUGCCGCUCUAACCCUAUGGAUCAUUGCUGUCAUCAGCUUUUCAAUGGAUGGUAUAGGAAAACUCAAAAUACAUACAAAUGGUGUACAUCUAUCAGGAGAGGCCUUAUUAAUGUCAGAUGUCUUUGCAGAUGCCAUUCAUUCAAGCAAAGAUCAAAGUCUUAGAAUACAAUCGGAUGAUAGUAUUAUAAUAAACUCGCGGCAAACCAAUAGUGAUGGCAAUAAUAAUGAUAAUAAUAAUAUUGUUGCUAACAAUCGAUUAGUUGUGGCCAACAGUCGGAUCAAUGCAAUUGCUAAUCAAUUUGUAGUGAAAGGACCCGAUGGGAGACUACUAUUUUUAGUUAAUCAUAAAAAUGUUGUCAUUGCUACUGAUAAGCUGAGGGUCAACAAUGGUGCGGGUAUUAGAUUCAAUGGUUCAAUUCAAGUGCCAUUAGUCGAGUCCAGUAUAUGGCAUGAGCUUAACGUGUUGUCACCGACGCGUCGCAUCAAAAUUAAGGGACCGCAAAAUGUUUUCAUAAACGGUAACUCUAGUACAGCCAACCUAUUGACCACCAGUGCUACGAACACAUACUUGCGCUCAAAAGAGAAAAUCAUACAUUUGAAUGCCAAACAAAUUGAAUUUCGUGGUAUAAAAACAGCUUAUCCAACAAAAAGGGGUCGAACCUAUCCGGCUAUAUAUCAAUUAUGUUUGUGCGCCCACUCGGGAAAGUUAUUUAUUGUACCGCCGGAGGCCAGUUGUCGAGCCGACGCUACCGUUUGCUAAGAGAGAGAUAGUAUUUAUAUUUGUCGACAAAAUUACUGCCAAAUGUGUGUUUGUAUGAACACAAACACCAUCACUAUC